AAUAUCAUCCGUCUAUUCCCUCUACAAACGUUGGAAUGCCCUCGAAAGCUGACUUUAAAUGUCACGUUCUAACUGGUCAUCUCUUGAACCCACCAGUUUUACUCGCUGGAUCACCUAUUGCUUGUGUCGUGUCUUUGCGUCCAACUGGGGGCUCGAAACAUGAAAAUAACGUUCCAUGCAGAAUCACUGGGAUGGUGGCUUACGUUGUGGGACAGUAUAAGCUCGACCAACAAACACUUGCGAAGCAUAAGUUGAAUAUCCCUACGAAGCAGAUUUCCGCAGAAAAGUUUAUUUCUGAUGGUGAUCCACAUUGGUUUGAUAGCACAAACUUAUUUUCAACCGCCUUCGAGAGCAACACAAGCCUCCUUUAUUCUGCUCGAAUGACUGUCCAUUCCAACGAAGCCGACCGUCUCUCCAGCCCUGUAAACAUCUCCACAAUUCUUCCGGAGGAUGUCCCGCCAAGUGUCCGAGGCAAACUGCUCAAAAUAGCAUACAAAGUACUCAUUGGUGUGCAGUUAGAGUCUGGGGACCAUUCAGCUACAUCUACUCAUCUACUACAGAUUCCUUUUCGUGUGCUACCAGCUAUCUCACUGUACUCGUCGCUGUGUGAACCAGAACACAUCCCAGUCUCCGGUGAUUUUCACAAGAAUCCUCCGGUUUAUCAUCCAAAUGAAGAAAAUCCAUUUUUUGUUCCAUCCCAAUGUAAUAACGAUGAUGGUGUAUUCGGGAUCCCUGCCUAUGAUGUAUUUUCAACAGUAUCCUCCGAACCCGCUAUGACUUCACUGAAAGUUAACGCAGGAGAUCUCCGUAGUGCACUUUCUAUGGCUACGAACAAAAGAGAACCUCAUCUGUCUCCAAGUAAACCUACCAGGACCGUCGGUGAUACUGACCUCGAAUCUAGUUUGCUUGAGAGUGAAAAACGCAUGAAGCUUCAUCGAACUUUAUCCUGCACUCAACCCACACACUUCACUGUAUCUAGCGCCAAAGGAUUUGUUGGACGCCUUUGUCUGUUGAGGACUCUUUUCCGCGCUGAGGACCUUAUUCGCGGUUACUUCAACUUUAUGGACGCGGAAAUAGUUUGUCUGCGGUGCACAGUCAGUUUACAAUGUGAGGAAUGGUACCGGUUUAAUCCAGACAUUAUGGACACGUUUGCGAAACACGCUGAUAUCAAUAACGACUCAGCAUUCAAAUGUCUGCCCCUGAGUGAAUACGAGAAACUGUGGACGGCGGAGUCAACCACACAUUGCAUUGCUUCACGCACGACAACAUAUUCCGGACUCGAUCUUGUGACAGCUGGACACCGUUUAUCCCCAUUCACCCUCCCGAUUCCACCGGAUGUUACUCCUCACUUCUGUGUCGCGUGUAAUCCCGUUCGCGGUCUCGCAGUUGAGUCCCGCUGGUUGCUGCGGAUGGAGUUUUAUUUGGCCUGUGAUACUCACAGUUCUGACUUUUGUUUUGAAGCCAUCCCUUGGAAGCUACUCAAGACCGAACAUCUGGCUUGUACUUUUCCCAUUCUUUUGAUUCCCUCAACUCCGCUUCAGUUGAAAACCUCAGGAACUGUCGUAGAACGGCUGGUAUCUUGAAAUUCUGUAACAAACACCAUUGUCUUUGUGAUUCUUCUCGUUUUGUUAUUAUGGGUUACUUUUAAUCCGUGUUCACGUUUUCUAAUUUUAGUUCACCCGUUUUUCACAGGUCGAAUACAAUACACGAAAGUCUGCGUUCAC